UAAAAUUGAUUUUCUCUUUUAUACGCCCACCCACCACCCUCUUCUUUCUCUCUCUAAUUUUCAAAACCCUUUCCCUUUUGGCCGCCAUGGGAAACACCUUUGGAGUCAAGAAGACGGUUAAGGUUAUGAAGAUCUCCGGCGAGACCCUGAAACUAAAUACCCCGGUUCAAGUUGGAGAUGUCGUCAAGGAUUAUCCUGGCUUUGUUCUACUCGAAUCUGAGGCUGUUAAGCACUACGGGGUUCGAGCAAAGCCUUUGGAGCUCCACCAGAAGCUCAGCACCAAGAGACUUUAUUUCCUCGUCGAUCUUCCUAAACUUCCAAAAGAACAGGCUCCACGACGAGUACGGUCAGCGAUCAACAUGAGUGCAAAGGAUAGGUUAGAGAGCUUGAUGUUGGCACGACGAUCAGCAUCGGACCUAACUAUCAUGAAACCAAAGAGCGUGUUGACGGAGGAGGGAGGUGGAGAGAGUGAGGGAUCGGGAUCGGGAGCAACACGGGUGAAGGUACGGUUGCCGAAGGCCGAAGUGGAAAGACUGUUGAAGGAGUGUAAAGAUGAAGCAGAGGCAGCAGAAAGGAUUAUGGGAUUGUACAAAACAAGAGAAAGUGUUUGUGAAAAUGAUCACAAGGAGAAGGAGAAGAAGGAUAUCAUCAAGCCCCGUGAGAAGAAGCGACGUGUAAGUUUCAUGACGACAAUGGAAGCUGGAACUCAAAUUGCAGUAGCAUCUUAAUUAACGAGAAAAACAAAAUGACAAGAUUCAUAAAUAAAUUAAGUAAAGUGAUACAGUGACGAUCUUUCGAUGGAUACUAGAUUACGUCCUUCACUUCAACUUAAAAUAUUUUAAUAUCUUGGACAACCUUUUGUAGAAUAUAUGCUUACAUUUCAUUUACUGCCUGCCCCUAAUACCCAAUGUACUUAAUUAUGAUUAA